AUGGCACAACGUUUCGACCUGCAAGGUCUUCGUCAGACCACCCAAUCUGGCAACAUUUGCUGCCAGGCUGCCUCUCUGCACUCUCACAGCCAGAGGCAGCAAGCCUGCAAAGUCUUUGUGUCCAUCGCCACCCAGAAGUUCUAUUACAUCACGCUGCUUCGUGACCCGGUGUCGCGCUACCUAAGCGAGUGGCGGCACGUGCAGCGCGGCGCCACCUGGAAGACCUCACUGCACAUGUGCGACGGCCGCACGCCCACGCCAGAGGAGCUGCCCGCCUGCUACGACGGCACUGAUUGGUCGGGCUGCACGCUGCAGCAGUUCAUGGACUGCCCUUACAACCUGGCCAACAACCGACAGGUGCGCAUGUUGGCUGACCUCAGCCUGGUCGGCUGCUACAACAUGUCCUUCAUGCCGGAGAAGAAGCGCGCGGCGAUCCUCCUCGAGUCCGCCAAGAAGAACCUGCGCGACAUGGCCUUCUUCGGCCUCACCGAGUUCCAGCGCAAGACCCAGUUCCUGUUCGAGCGCACCUUCCGCCUGCGCUUCAUCCGACCCUUCAUCCAGUACAACAGCACGCGCGCCGCGGGCGUGGACCUGGACAACGACACCAUCCUGCGCAUCGAGGAGCUCAACGAGCUGGACAUGCAGCUGUACGACUACGCAUGGGACCUGUUCCAGCAGCGCUACCAGUACAAGAGGCAGCUGGAGCGGCGGCAGAUGAGGCUGCAACAACGUGGGGGAGGUGGUGGAGGUGGCGGAGGAGACGAGCCACCAGGGGCAGGGGUAGCAGGGGUGGCAGGGGCAGGAGAGCCAGGGGCGGCGGUAGCAGGAGUGGCAGGGGCAGGGGAGCCUGGGGCGGCGGUAGCAGGGGGGGUGGCAGGCGGGGGGGCGGUAGGGGGGGUAGCGGCGGCAGCAGUGGCGGUGGCAGCGGCGGCACCCGAGGAGGGGGCCAGGCUGCCCACAGAGGACUACAUGAAUCACAUCAUCACACGGUGGUAG